AUGUCAUCUUUCACAGCUCCCGAGCAGGCCACAAGGCCCAUUGCACGUGUGGCACAUCUUCCCAUCGAUGCACUCAAAUUCGCAUUGAAUGAGCCAAUUGUUACCGGUGGUCUUCUUUAUCUUCUGACGCGAGGUCCGUCUCAUAUUAGAGAUAAAAUGCUACAGCCUUUGCAGCCGUAUCUCCUAUCAAAAAAUCGGGAUGCUAGGUUGAAGUCUCUGGUCGUCAUUCUGCAAGCUCUUACUGCACUUGGCCUUGCAAAGCGUGUAAACAGAGCGUUGAACAGGCUAGCUCUGAACAAUUGGACACUGGGUCGCCCCGGUACACCGUUUCGAUUUGGUUCAACGAAGGAAGAGGUGGUGCUCAUCACCGGAGGUAGCUCUGGGUUUGGUUUCGAGAUGGUCAAGCUCUUUGCAGAGAAGGCACGAGUGAUCGUUCUGGACAUCAUGCCCGGCGUAUUCUAUUAUGAAUGCGAUGUUACUGAUACCCCCGCAGUUGUAUCCCUCUGCCAUGAAAUUCGGCGAAGUCACGGGAAUCCUACUGUGUUGAUCAAUAACGCCGGAAUUGGUAUUGGAAAGACAGUACUCGAGACUACCAACGAACAGUGUGAGAAGCUGUUCAAAGUCAACUUGAUCUCUCACUUCGUGUUGAUCAGAGAAUUUCUUCCAGGCAUGCUUCAAAAGAAACGAGGUCACAUAGUUACGAUAGCAUCGAUGGCUUCAUUCGUCGCAGCUCCUGGCCUACUAGAUUACUGUUGUUCGAAAGUGGGAGCAUUGUAUCUCAGUGAUGGUAUUCGGGCAGAGUGCUUGUCUCGUUAUCCAGGUGGUGAAGGCAUUUGUACAACAAGCGUUCAUCCGUCCUGGCAUACUACGGGCAUUCUGAAGGGUGCUGAAAAGACGCUUAACAAACACGGUAUCUACCCCGAUCCACCCAUCAACGUAGCAAGGGUAGUUUUCAAUCAAGUCCUGGCUGGAAAGAGUGGGAGGAUUCAUGUUCCGGCUUCGGAAGAAGGAAAGGCUGGAGCUAGAAACUGGCCUCUCUGGGUUCAGGACAUACUUAUGGGAUAUGUCUUCAAAAGAAAGGAUAGCUUCGGCUUCGGGUCCAACGAUGACUCUAAAAUGAUCAAGUAA